UCACUUCUGCUUUAUUUCCGGAAACAAAUGUUUGGUGAAAAAUUCGAGAAUGUUAACAUGCAACGUGACCGCAAAAUGUCCAUCGAGUCGUGUGCAAUUUAAUAAGACACCAUAUGGUCCACUAGUUGGGCACUGUUUGGCUAUCGUACCGAGCAUAUGCGAAUGUCGAGCACCGUACGCACUUUCUGUUUAGAAGCGAUGGAGAGGCUAAUAUCCAAACUGACAGAGAAACAUGUUCUCUUCACGGCUUCUUUUGCAAUGCGUCUUGCCUUGGUCGCUUACGGAGAUUUCCACGACAGGACCAUGGUAGUGAAAUACACUGACAUUGACUAUCACGUCUUCACGGAUGCUGCGAGGUUCACUACUAAGAGCGAGUCCCCGUACAACAGAGCAACCUAUCGAUACACGCCUCUGUUGGCCUGGCUGCUGACUCCGAACAUUUAUAUCCACAUGGUGUUUGGCAAGCUCUUUUUCAUCCUAUGUGAUGUGCUGUCCGGACUGCUGAUCUACAGAAUCCUUUGCCUACGAGGUCUUGGCUCUGAGACGGCACGACGGGUUUGUUCACUGUGGCUGCUCAACCCCCUGCCAAUGGGAGUUUCCAGCCGAGGGAAUGCAGAGUCCAUCCUGGCCGCUUUGGUGCUGGCGACUCUUCUCUGUAUAGAGGGUCGACGCAUGACGUGGGCAGCACUGCUCUAUGGCCUGUCUGUUCAUAUGAAGAUCUACCCCAUCACAUAUGCGCUACCUAUUGUUCUGACUCUUCGCACGCCAUACAUUAAAAGAGACCAAAAUAAGUGGAGGAGCGUAAUUGACUUCUUGGGAAGUUUCUUCAACAGGGAGUUGUUCUCUUUCGCAAGUGUGGCCGGAGGUCUUUUUUGUGGUCUCACAGCACUUUUCUAUCACAUGUAUGGCUGGGCAUUCCUUCACGAGACGUACUUGUAUCAUCUAACCAGAAGAGAUAUUCGGCAUAACUUCUCUCCAUACUUCUACAUGCUCUACCUUACUGCAGACAGCAAGUGGAGCCAGUGGCUUGGGCUGGCCGCAUUCCUUCCACAGUUAAUGCUCCUGUUGGUAACGUCAUGGGCUUUUCAUCGUGACCUGACCUUUUGCUGUUUCCUACACACGGCCAUCUUUGUCACUUUCAACAAAGUCUGCACAUCACAGUACUUCCUAUGGUACCUGAGUCUCCUUCCUCUGGUCAUUCCUUAUUUGAGUCUCUCGAUGAAACAAGGAUUGGGACUUCUGCUCCUCUGGUUUGCUGGACAGGCUGUAUGGUUGGUCCCGGCUUAUUUCCUGGAGUUUGAGGGCUACAACACCUUCCUGUUCAUCUGGUUCGCCGGACUGCUCUUUCUGAUCGUUAACUGCUUCAUCUUGGUGCAGCUCAUUGUGCAUUAUGAGCCAAAAGUGAAUGCGAAGAGACGGAAGUUUGAAUAACUACACGUAAGUGUGCAAGAAGAUUUCACUGUGACUGGAGCUUCACUAUGAGAACAUGUUUUUGCUUGUUUUCUCAUCUAAAUUAUGUCUUAUUCGAAAAUCGCAAAAAUUGUAUGUGCACAUAAAAAAAAAAAAAAUCCAAUCGGUAACGUCCAUCCAAACCUUAAACUGUCCUGGAAUUACAUAUUCAGUCUGUG